AUGUUAAACCUCAAGUCGGGUGCGCUCCUUGGAGCCCUGACCCGCCAGUCCGUCUCCAAACAACUCUUACCCCUCUCGAGCCCCAAGAACCAGGUCAUUUCCCUCACCCACCGCUCCACCCAGCCUGUCUCCGCAAACGCUCCCUCCAACCCAGUUCGCUCCUUCUCUUCCACCCAGGCCAGCCGAGAGAACAGCAGCAACAACCACAACUCCACCGUUAACAACCACCCCUUCUACAACACCAACGGCACCGGCACUAAUGCUCAAAACACUAUCAUCCACCACAAGAUACAAGCAUCUCUCAACCCAAGCCUCAAAUUUCACCAGAGUCAACAACACUCAAAGCACGGCCAACCCCAUACCCCAACCAGCAACUCUACCAAACCGCCAAAGCACGACGAACUCUCCAAGAUCGCUUGGGAAGCCAUCAAUGGCCAGGAUGCCCGUGCCAUUUUCACUUGCCUGCAAGAGAUGCAGCACCAAGGCGUCUACGCUGACGCUGCUCUUUCAACCCGGAUCGUUGCGCAGUUCCUCGAUAUGAAUAACCCCCAGGACGCCGAACGCGCUCUCGUUAUGCUUGUCGACUGCCACCAUACCCAAGGUCGCUCUCUAUCAGUCAACCAAAAAAACAUCUAUACCUCACUGGCCAAGGACAUUGCCAAUCACAGCAGCGAUUUCCUCCAAACACUGUCGCUUGCUAAACUACUCGACAGACAUGGGUUGUUGGCGUCAGCUGGUUUUGCAGAUGGGGCGCUCAGGAGCUACCGCGAGCUCAAGGUGACGUCCGGUCUUUCUGUCGUCAGGGCCAUGCUCAGUAGUACGGAUAUCGAGACUCUACUUACCCUACAGGCAACACUCACGAAGACCUACUCUCGCUACAAGAAACUCAUCGAGAUCUUACUGGAUGCCAAGGAGAUGAACAUUAUCCCGAGCUGGGAGUCCUGCUCCAAAAUUUCGCUCUCCUUUGUUCAGCUCGGCGACUAUUCGGGACAGCUAGCAUGGGACACCGCAGUGCAGGAGAUUUAUCCAGGAUUCCAACUUGUUAUCCCGGAGGAUUUUACACCUGGACAGGAGACAACUCUGCAGUCUACUACUCCCCGUCAACAAAGUUCUUAUCAUCAGGGUCAGAGCCCUGAUCCACACACGCAUCAGCAACACCAUCCAGUGCCUCAAUCCUCCAAAUCUCAACAAUAUCAACAACAACAGUCAUUGUCUCAGCAGCCCAAGUCGCAGCAUCAGCCUCAGCACCAGUCCCAGUCCCAGCCCCAGCAGCAGCAUCAGCAUCAGCACCAACCUUGCCAACAGCAAGGCCUUUGUGGUUGUCAGAGCGAGCACAACAAUGGCAGUCGGAAUCGCCGCAAAGUCGCACCGAACCCAAGUGCGCCAGUUCUCCUUCGCAAUGGGGAUCCUUCGGAACAUAUUAUACGAGCAUGCAAGGCCGGCUACGCGGCAGUGGCGUUGGAGGAAAUCGACAAGAUGAUGAAGCAGGAUCAACUCCCUAGUCCUCAAGCUCUGGCGGACACCAUCCAAGUCUGCGCCAAGAGAGAGAAGGAACGAGCCACCAACUACAACAAACUCUACCACAUCGCCUUGCGAUCCAUUGAUGCGAUCAGGGACAGGACCCACCGCCGCGCUGCCGAGUACGAGGUAUACAACGCCAUGCUUGUCGCCAAUGCUACCUUGGGCGAUAUGACGAGUGCCAAGAAGAACUACGACGACAUUGUUCAGCUGGGACAGUUCCCAGAUGCGACUGGAUAUGCGACUCUUUUGAUAGCUACGACUACAGGAGCAGUGGACGAGGCUUUGGAUGCGCUUAAGAUACUGGAGGAGGUUAAGCGUCACAACAUCAAGCCCAACAUCUUUUUUUACAACGUCGUUAUCGGGAAAUUGUCUCGUGGCCGCAAGAUAGAGCGAGUUUUGGAGGUCUACGAUGACAUGAUCAAGCACGACAUCCGCCCCAACGCCAUCACCUAUGGAACGCUGAUUAGCGCCUGCACACGAGUUGGGAGCGAGGAAAUGGCCCGCAACCUCUUCAAGGAGAUGACCGCCAGUCCCAAGUACAAGCCCCGGCAAGGGCCCCACAACGCCAUGAUCCAGUUUUAUGUCCGUCAAAAGAAGGAUCGGGAAGCGGCACUGGACUAUUACGACGACAUGCUGCGACGCAAGCUCUCGCCGACAGAGCACACGUAUACGUUGCUGAUCGAGGCGUUUGCGUGCAUUCAACCAUACGACUUGAGCGAGGCAAACCGACUCAUCCAAUCGUUAAGACGCGGACCAGUGAGGGCGAGUGAGGCGCAUUUUAGUGCUCUGAUUCAUGCAUAUGGCGUCGAGCAUCGAGAUGUGAGCACGGCGAUUUCGGUUUUCGGCCACAUGCGCCAGAGCGGAAUUGUGCCCAAGGGACCGGCGUACCAGUCGCUGAUUGAGAGUUACAUUGCGAACGGAGAUGUGAGACGAGCUGUGGAGGUUCGGAACGAGCUGCUGGCGUCUGGGCAGCCGUCGAGCACAUACAUUGAGAACACGCUGAUCCGAGGCUUUGGACAGGCGAAUGACAUUGAUUCUGCCGAGGAGAUAUUCCGGUCGAUGAAGGAUCCCUACGGACCGAAGAAUGGAGGCGCGAUUGUCAAGGAGCCAUCGACGUUUCAGAGCAUGGUGUCGGCGUAUCUGGAGAAUGAUAUGGUGGAGCGGGCGUAUGGCACGCUGGGGAUGAUGCGGAGCCAGCACUACCCGGAGCUUGUGGUCAAGCCUGUUGAGGAGGCGAUCGCCGGCCAUACGGCGGCUCUCUCGUCGCACGGAUGCAUGUAG